AGCAUGGGUCAAGAAGUUCAUGUUUAAUGAAACCACCUCCAUGUAUCGGAGGUAGAGUGAAGCUUAAAAAGAAAUUCCUUUGUAUUAUAAAACGAAUUACUACUUCAUUUCGUAUGAAUGAGAUUUCCAAAUAUUUUAAGCAUCUAAUUAAAAAGUUUAAGAACGAAAGACUUAGAUCAGUCAGAUUCAAAACUUCACGCGGGUUAAUCGUAGGAACGGUCUCUAUAAGAAAAAAGAAAGUAAUUUAAUCAUAGUUAAUAGUUACACUGAAAAAACAAUGAAUUUAACGGAUAUAUAUAAUCACUAUUAUUACGAGCAAGCAGAUCCAAGAGUAACAAAUUGGUUUUUAAUGGGCAGUCCAUGGCCGAUUGCAAUAAUAUUACUCAGUUAUAUAAUAUUUAUAUUUCAUUUGGGACCUCGUCUCAUGAAAAAUAGGGCAGCAUUUGAAUUAAAAACAUUUAUCAGAUUCUACAAUAUAUUUCAAAUUAUAGCAAAUGCUUAUAUAAUAAGAGAAAUUUUGGUUGUUCAUCCUGACGCAACUGCUUUACGUUGUGAUGAAGGAGAUUAUUCCAUGAAUCCUGAUGCUGUCAGGCUUGCCAAAGCAUGUUAUGUGGCGACAAUGUUAAAAGUUAUUGACCUAACGGAAACAAUUGUUUUUGUACUACGAAAGAAAAAUAAUCAGGUUUCAUUUUUACACGUGUACCAUCACAUCACAACAGUAUCUAUUGCAAUGCUCUCAACACGAUACAUCGCUUCGGGAAUGGCUGUUUUCUAUCCAGCGUUAAAUUGUUCGAUUCAUGUGAUAAUGUACACGUACUAUCUUCUUAGCAAUAUAGAAGGCGUUAAGAAAAUGAUUUUUCCAUUCAAACGCUAUAUAACAAUUGCACAAAUGGUUCAAUUUGUGCUUCUAAUUUUCCAUGCACUGGUUUCUUUACAACCGUCGUGUAAAGUUCCGAAAUUCCCCGGAAUAGCUAUGAUUCCAAAUGUUAUUUUUAAUUUUAUGUUAUUUUUUAAUUUCUACAAACGAGAGUAUUUGAGUGAGACGAAAAAAACUGAAUAAAUAUUAUUCAUUUUGUUAAAAAAUAAUUUAUAUGUAAUAAUGUAUUUUAUAAUUUGUAUAUGAAAUAAAACAAUUUUUUACAAAAA